UUUUCUUGUGAAAACCAAUAAUAACCAAUACUACAAAAAUAUGAAAACCUCAGUCCAUGCCAGACCACAGAGACCACUCCGGAAAGCCAAGGCCCCAUCCUCCAAUAUAUUCCAGACCGGGUUCCCAGAUUUGAAAAUGUUUUAAAUGACUUAUCAUUAAGCCAAAGCUUAUAGCCUCUGGGGGGAGAAGUUCCAUAAUACUCCGGAUCCAAUGUGAGACUGUUUUUUUACACCUAUUACAACCUACAUUUUACCACCGAUCGCCUCGACACGGCACGGUUUAGAGUGCGUUUCCACUACAAAAUUCUCAUUUGUCUUUCAGUGAAUCCAUUCCAAACCUUUUGUGCAUCAAUGUUGUAACGUUUGUGUCAUUUCAGAGCCGAGAUAAAUAAUCCGCUCCUGCCCCCCUUUUAGUGAGAACUGUGUCAAGAUCUUCUGCCGUUAGAUAAUACGAGCAAUUUGGUGAUGUAACGUCAAUUUCAAUGAGUUGUGUCACAGAACCAUACACAGGCAAGCAGAAGCAAGAAAAGGGCUUUCAGGGUUAGUAGGUAAGGCUGUAGCAGAAAGAACGACAGUAGAAAACAUUUGCCAAAGCAGAAAUUACGAAACGUGACAAAAUAUGAUUUUUAUCUACUAAAGCUAGUAAAGUAAAAUGAUCUGACAAGAUUCAUCUCAGUUUAAUUAACUUGCUGUUUCAAUUUCAAUCCCAUAUAAGGUUCAUAUAUUUUGUUUGUUGCGUGUAAAUUAUUUCUAUUUAUUAUUUACUCUGAGUGUCUGUUUAUACUGUUCCCAGUGCUGCUGUGACGCAGUGGAUUUAUCUUUAGUGGGAGUAAUGUGGAAUUAUCUUAACUUAACCUAUCUCAUCUUAAUUUCACUUAUCUUAUUACAGUGGUAUUAUGUGUAUUGGAAUCAGAUUCCCAGCAGGAAGUUCUUUUCAUCCUGUCUGACCUCUGAGACCAGAAGCAGGAGAGAAGCUUAUUCAUCUGGACCAGCGGCACCCGGAACCAUGUGUGUCAGGCAAAACAACCAAUGAGCUGGAACGCAGUAUAUACCGGAAUGCUGGUGGAGGACGCUGAUUUUUCUCUUUCCGCCUCUCUGAGGCAAAGGCAGAACAGCUGCGAGCUAACGCACUAUUAACAAGGAGGAAGGCACUGUAACAUACUUUACAAGCACUCGUCAAGCAUCUUUGGAAUUAUUCAUCAUGUGCAGAGGAUUAGACUCGCUGCCCAUCACCUGCCUGGAGAAGGCAAAGGAGCUGAAAGCUCUGUUUGGAAGUUUACUCCAGAAAUCAGAUCACAGCAUCACUGGCACUGGACAGUCAAAGAAAUGCAACAAACAAAGGUUAAACAUCAAUGAGCCUCUGAAAUGGAAAGAAUCAUUCGAGGAGUUGCUGUCCUGCCAAAAUGGACUGUGCCUGUUCAGAGCAUUCCUCGUCUCAGAGUUCAGCGAGGAAAACAUCGCCUUCUACUUGGCAUGUGAGGACUAUCGUGCAGCUAAACCUUCCAAACUGGCCACGAAGGCCAAGAAGAUUUACGAGGAGUUCAUUGGGUUGGACGCAAAACGAGAGGUGAAUCUGGACCAUGUGACCAAGUCCAUCACAAAGGAGAACAUGGAGCAUCCCAGCCAGUCCUGUUUUGACCUGGCCCAAUCCAAAAUCUUCUCUCUGAUGGAGAAGGACUCUUACCCUCGUUUCCUCAAGUCUCCUUUUUACCUGGAGCUCAGCAGAAAGUCCAAGAGCGGGUAAAAAUACUUCUUUUGACAAACUUUCCUGCAAGCAGCAGAUUUGUCAAAUAAGCUUUGUGACGCACAGCAGAGACUGGAACAGGUCAGACCUCAGUCCGAAGAGUUUCAUGUGGUCAUGGUUUGGAGAUCAGAGGUUCUAAAAUAGACGAGCAUCCAAGCUAGAAGCUGGAGGACCCUGUCCCUGCCGGGAGAAGACAUUGAAACAGACUGGGACGUCUCACGCUGGAAGAGACACGUGUUGCACAAACAUAAACAGAAGCAACAGUGGAAUAAAGUAUAGAGAAUGUAAACAAGAAAUGAAUUCCACACAACAAAACUACCACUAGGAGAAAAUGUUUCUCCGUAGCAUUGAUGUUUAUUUAUUCUUUAUUUAUUAAGUUAUUUUAUAUGAUGUGAAUCUAGGGUGUGUGCCACAAGUCGGUGAAAACUGCUUCGUAUUUGGUAUGUUUUUAUCUGAAGUACUGUAUGUGACACUAAGUGCUGUGAAUAAAAGAUGAUUUUUCAGA